ACAAGCGCUCUAGCCACCUCGAAACCCCAGAAAGGUUCGCUUAAAAGUGUUAAAACGAGCUAAAGUUUCGUUUUUAAGGAGCUUUACAACGAAACGUUCUUCUAAUCAUGAUGUAAUGCAAAUAUUUUACAUUGCCAUUUGAUUACGCCAGUCUGCAGGCUUUUCCGUGACGACACAAAACUAACCUGAGAUCGAAGAAGGCGAACUGAGGCGAUGGCGGUGUGUUGUCAGGUGACUGGCAACUCUGGUUUGGGAGGUGCUUUUCCGCAGCUGGUAAUUUGAUUCUUGUACAGAAGAUCUUAAAAUAUCCUCUUUGAAAGGCUUCCAGCUAUCACGUGGCGUAAAAGGAGACAUUUCCAGGCUGGUGCUCCGAGGAGGACCCCACAUUGAUCAGUCUCUGCAGAAAUCAGGCUUCUUCAGUGUUUCUUCAGCUUGUUCUGGACUGGUGGGGGGUUAAGCAGUGAAUUCCCGAGUCUACUGUUUUCUUUUCUCUUUUGUUUUGAACCAUGAUGCCUUUUCUUUUGCCGGCCCACCCCUAGCACCUUGCAGUGAAUGGAGAACAUACUGGUUCUGCUUCCGAAGCACCGACAGGAACACGGGCUCUGCAGAAGCACGGCUGCAUGUGCCUUGCUGGACGUCUUUAUCAAUAGAUCGAUUUUCUCUAAAUCUUUAGUAACCACCCAUAGUCCCUGUUAGCCUAUUUAAUGGGAUAAAUCAACUGGACAGAUCAGGUGCAAAACCAGACCAAGCAAUAAGUUCCAGUCUGACCUUCCCCCAAAUAUUAGCCUAAGGCACGCUUACAUUUUCUUGCUGAGUGCACUGUCUGUCUAAGGCCUCCGCAUGGUACUUUGGUCAAAAGAACAAGAUAAGCUCCCUGACAUCGAGAUGUCCUCGGGGGACAUUGAGAUGAAGAAGGAGGGAGGUCCCCUGACCCCAACCUUCCUCAAUUCUAACUGCUCUGUCCACCCGCUGAUCCUCACCAGAGGCCCAGAAGAGAUGAGCCCACAAACUGGAGGCGAGUUCGAGCUCACCGAGGUCACGUCUUUCACGGAAAGGAUCGGUGAGACCGGGGAAAACGAGGAGAGGUCAGAGAUCGUGGUGGCAUUAGACUGCCGGGCCAACGCCAAAGGCCAACGAGAGGAGGAUGCUCUCCUGGAGAACGCAAGCCAGAGCAACGAGAGCGACGACAACAGCAUCAAUCAGAGCCCUGAGCCACCAGUGCCGCUCAAGGAGACCUCCAUUUCCAUCGGUCUUCAAGUGGUUUUUCCCUUUCUGCUGGCUGGCUUCGGAACGGUGGCAGCAGGAAUGUUGCUAGACAUUGUCCAACACUGGACGGUGUUCACAAAGGUGUCGGAAGUCUUCAUCCUUGUUCCUGCGUUGUUGGGGCUAAAAGGGAACUUAGAGAUGACGCUGGCCUCCAGGCUUUCAACAGCGGCUAAUAUUGGUCAGAUGGACACAGCCAAGGACAUGUGGAAGAUGAUCGUAGGGAACUUGGCCCUCAUCCAGGUCCAGGCCACAGUUGUGGGGUUCCUGGCUUCCAUAGCUGCUGUAAUCUUUGGCUGGCUCCCAGAGGGACAGUUCCAGCUGGGCCAUGCAGUGCUGCUGUGUGCCUCCAGCAUGGCCACUGCCUUCAUCGCAUCGCUACUCCUGGGUCUCAUCAUGAUCGGCGUGAUUGUCGCGUCAAGAAAAGUCGGCAUCAACCCAGACAACGUGGCCACACCCAUCGCCGCUAGCCUCGGAGACCUGAUUACCUUGUCCCUGCUGGCAGGCAUCUCAACAGGGCUCUACAAGAAGCUAGAGUACAAUGACUACGCCAACCCGCUGGUGUGUGCGGUGUUUGUGGCGAUGUGUCCUUUGUGGGUCCUGAUAGCCAGGAAGAUCCCAGCUACCAGAGAAGUCCUCUAUUCAGGCUGGGAACCUGUCAUCAUUGCCAUGGCCAUCAGCAGUGUUGGAGGUCUGAUCCUUGACAAGACUGUGAGCGACCCAAAUUUCGCUGGCAUGGCUGUUUUUACUCCAGUUAUCAACGGUGUAGGAGGCAACCUGGUGGCAGUUCAGGCCAGUCGGAUCUCCACCUAUCUCCACAUGAACGGGCUGCCCCUGGGGGACCCCAACCUGGCGCCCAGGAAGUGUCCCACACCCUGCUCUUCCUUUUUCGGCUCCACUGUGAACUCUCGAUCUGCCCGUGUUCUCUUCUUCCUGGUUGCCCCGGGUCACAUCAUCUUCCUCUACACCAUUAACUCCCUGAGAGGGGGUCACACCACUCUGACCCCCAUCUUUGUCACCUUCUACCUGGUAGCUGCUCUACUGCAGGUCGCAAUCCUCCUGUACCUGGCUGACUGGAUGGUUCACUGGAUGUGGGGCCGAGGCAUGGACCCCGACAACUUCUCCAUCCCGUACCUGACCGCUCUGGGCGACCUCCUGGGAACCGGCUUCCUCGCCCUCUGCUUCCACAUGCGUUGGUUCAUCGGGGACAGAGACUCCAAUUUAGGCAACUGAAUACAUGCAAACAUAACGCACAAAAAAACCCCUAAAACUUGCACAUACUGUAAGCUUGCAUGCAAAAAAACUUGAUGAACUUGAUGAACAUCACCCAUAUGCCUGAGUCUGACAGCGGACAUCUACAAUAAAAGGGCUGAUGUCCCGAAGGGCUCUGGAUGACGAGUUCUUGUCAGAAUCUCACCCUCAGGAUAUCAGGACGCUGUUUUACUGUCGGCACAGCAGCAGCAUGUAAAUCCUGAGUCUUGCUGUCACCACGGAACACAGACCUCUUCAUCUCAACCCCCAACAUGCAAAAAAAAAAACAAAAGAAAAGAAAAAACUCUGACCAAUGAUAGAUCCAGCCUCACAGGCUCCAACGCUACUUAAUCUUACCUAACACCUGAGUCCUACCACUUUUAUUAAUAUUCUUAUUGUUAACAAACGAUGCACUUGGUAUGAUUUGAUAUCUGUUCUAUGUACACGGCAAGUCCUCAUUAUUUUCAAUGGGGACGUAAGCCCUUUUGUUUAAAAAAAAAAAAAAAAGCACAAAAACCCCACACAUCCAAACAAGCC